AUGGCGGAGGAUAGGAAAGAUGAAGCCAAGGCACCGCACUGGACUUCAGGUCAGCUAACAGAGGCUUCUUCACACCCACAUUCACCUGAAAUUAAGGAACAGGGUGGCGCAGGUGCCGGACUGGUCAGAAGCGCCAAUGGAUUUCCCUACCAAGAGGACGAGGAGCCAGGGCUGGGUGGCCAUGAGCAGCCGGGGACGUAUGCACGGACCAAAGAGAAUGGGAUCAAUGGAGAGCUGUCAGCGGGGGACAGGGAGACCGCAGAAGAAGUGUCUGCGAGGAUAGUAGAAGUAGUAACAGCUGAAGCUGUAGCAGUCCUGAAAGGCGAACAGGAAAAAGAAGCCCAGCACAAAGAUCAGCCUGGACCACUACCUUUAGCAGUCGAAGAGUCAGCCAACCUGCCUCCUUCCCCGCCUCCGUCGCCAGCUUCCGAGCAGACUGGAGCUCUGGAGGAAGCAGCAGGUGGUGAAACAAACCAGGCUCCUGGUGUAUUUAAACAAGCAAAGGAAAAACUCUCAACUGCCUCUUUGUCAAAGAUUCCUGCCUCAAAGUCUAGAGCAAAGUCAUUGCUUCCUCCAAGACCCAGCUCAGCUUGCUCAUUAACUACUAAAAGGGCCACUUUUCUCGAUACAGACAGUUAUUAUGUACGGCCCUCCUCAGCAGGCCCAAGAGACUGCUUGCCCUACUCAAAAUCAGAUGCUAAGGAUGGAGUAAGCAAGAGUCCCGAAAAGCGUUCCUCUCUACCAAGACCCUCCUCUAUCCUUCCUCCUCGAAGAGGUGUAUCAGGAGACCGAGACAGGGAGGAGAAUUCUCUCUCCCUCACAGCUUCCCUUUCCUCUUCAGUACGACGGACCACCCGAUCAGAACCAAUUCGUAGCAGAACAGGAAAAAGUGGAACUUCUACCCCCACUACUCCUGGCUCCACUGCCAUCACUCCAGGGACGCCACCAAGCUAUGCCUCCCGUACCCCAGGCACUCCAGGGACACCCAGCUACUCCAGAACCCCACACACUCCAGGGACACCCAAAUCUGCCAUACUGGUACCUACCGAGAAAAAAGUUGCCAUAAUUCGCACUCCUCCUAAAUCUCCAGCCACUCCGAAGCAGCUACGAGUUAUUAAUCAGCCUCUACCUGACCUCAAGAACGUCAGGUCCAAAAUUGGAUCAACGGAUAACAUCAAAUACCAGCCUAAAGGGGGACAGGUUAGGAUUUUAAACAAGAAGAUCGAUUUUAGCGAUAUUCAGUCCCGGUGUGGUUCCAGAGAUAACAUCAAACAUUCUGCGGGGGGAGGAAAUGUACAAAUUGUAACCAAGAAGAUCGACUUGAGUCAUGUGACUUCCAAGUGUGGCUCGCUCAAGAAUAUCCACCAUAAGCCAGGAGGUGGGCGUGUGAAAAUUGAGAGCGUGAAACUGGAUUUCAAAGAAAAAGCUCAGGCUAAAGUUGGUUCACUGGAAAAUGCCCACCAUGUACCUGGCGGUGGUAAUGUCAAGAUUGACAGCCAGAAGCUAAACUUCAGAGAGCAUGCUAAAGCCCGUGUCGAUCACGGGGCUGAGAUCAUCACGCAGUCACCAGGCAGGUCCAGCGUGGCUUCCCCACGCAGACUCAGCAACGUCUCAUCCUCUGGAAGCAUCAACCUGCUUGAAUCGCCCCAGCUUGCUACCCUCGCUGAAGAUGUCACAGCAGCCCUUGCUAAGCAGGGCUUAUGAAUUUGCUCAUUUCGCGUUGUAUGAAGUAAUAAUAUUUAGGCAUGAGCUCUUGGCAGGAAUGGGCUCAGAGCAGGUGUUACAUUCAUUCUUUACCAUGUCUAAAACUAAGUCACAUCCCAAGACUUGUAGUUACCAUACAGUUAAAAACAACAACAACAAAAAAUUAAAUAGAUGCAGAAAUUGGCCUGAUUUCCAUUUACAACAGGAGGACACUGGCUUUAUAUGGGUAUACAACUGCAGUAUGUUAUUGGACAAUUAUUGUUGCUCUGCUCUGUCUUGCAUGGAGUACCGUACUAUGAUAAAAUGCAUUUUUACCUUUCAUGUGCCUGAAGGCCAUCCACCUCUUUCUGAAGAGCCUUGUUAAUAUCCCAAGUUGCUCAUUUCACUGUUCUGUUGAUAGAUGGGGAAAUAAAAAAAGUUGCCCAUUGUAAGUUAUUACAGGUUAAAUUAACAAUCUGCUUACCAGAAGGAAGGGCAUAUAGAGAAAUUCAAGUUUAAUUAAAAAAAAAAGGUGUUAUUUUGUAUAAAUGAGUAGAACAAAAGUUGAAUUAAGUUAUUAACAUUUUUUUGGACCUGGUUAAUUAUGUCAGUGUAUAGCUGAAAAGCCGAUAAAUUAUUUAACUAAUAACUAAAAAUAGUAGUUGAAAACAUUUGAACCAUGGUUGGGGAAGUGACGUAAAAAAGCUGUUGAAAGCAAGCACUUCCACCCCAACAGACUUGUGUCUGAUUAGAAAGUUGGUUAAGCGGCUAGAUUUGUGUAUGCACCACUGGUUUCACAUCCUUUCCAUCUGUUUGAUACAGUAUUAUAGAUAUAUAUAUUUCUCUGUGGCCAUUUGUGAUAUGCCCUCCUCAUAUACUUGAAUAUUCUACUUCUUUAUUCACAGUAUCUGUGUCUCUUGCACCCUUUGGUGUUGCGAUUUUAGGUAUGUAAAAGUAGAUGUUAGCAGGGUUUUUUUUUCCCUAUUCAUAAGAAUACAUUUAAAAAAGAUGAAAAUUUUAGCAUGAAGUUGCUUUCUGUAACAACUAAAAGCCGUGACCCUGUUUUAGUGCCAGAUGCAAGUCUCUUCUGUGAUGCUAGAAAAAGGAUCCCUUCCCGCUUCCCUUCCCUCCCUUUCUUCACAUAGGUAUGAUUUUUGUGGGGUCCAGACGUUUGUAAAAGGGUCUCCAAAGAUGGCUGAGUUUGGAGUCUGGAUUUUUAAAAAAAUCCAUAGUAGUUUGGUUCUGGCUUUUCUUUCUUUCUUUCUUUCUUUUUUUUUUUUUUUAACUCCUGUAGUAACAGUGAAUGUUAGAUUUAUUUAUUUUUUUCUUUUGCUAAAGUUGAAACACAGAAAAAAGUAUUAAGACGUUGUUUCCACUCCUUCAGUGAUGUCUUAUGUAUACAGUCAGGCACUCAGAUAACAGUGAUAAACGUAACAGAGAUGCCUGUGAAUUAUAGUACAAGAAUAAAUAAAAUGAGCUCCCUAGACUGGGUCGCCAUAGCGAGUCAUCAGUAAAUAGGGCAUCUUAAAGUCUAAGCAAAGUGGGAUUAUAUUGACUAUAAAAAGUAUAAGAAAACGUGUGCAUAAAAAAGAUAAAGGGCAGAGAUAUAUAAACAACCAAUCUAACAGAGUUACCUGUGAAAAACUCUGACACUAUCUUACGGACAUUAAGAGAACACUGAAGGUAAUAUGGUAGUAUUACUCAUCAGCGGAUAAUAAUCUGCUGAUACUAUAUGUACAGUAGACAUUAUGAAAUGACCAGUUUACAUUCUUGCAGAUUCUUUGAUCUUUUCCUUUUGAAAUCUCUUAACUAAACUUUGCACUGUCAGUUGAGCUAUACUUGAUACAUGUAUUAGGUUAACAUUGUGUGUUGGAAGCUUUUGAUCUGUUCUUUUUCCUUCUUAAUUUGUAUGUGUGUGUGUUGGGGUUUGAUCUGAAGAGACUCAUAGAGAAGUUUUUUAUGUCUGUGGAGAAGGAUUCUAAUAAUUAAUAGCACAGGAUUCCCCAUCAUUAAAUUCAGGUAGUUAACGCACAGUCACUAGACAGUAAAUAUUCAGUGGACCAAAGGGGGAUUUUGACUAAGCUGUCCCAGCAGUAGAAAGACAAAACAAAAUGGUUCCAUCUCUAAAAAUUUUACUGAAGGUGAGCUCCUAACAGCCACACACAUGACAUUUCAGCUCUGCAAAAAGCUUUUUCACACUAUAGAGUACCUAAUACUGUUUGUAAGUCGGUUGUUUUAUACAAAGGACCGUGAUUUUAGAACCGUGAUAAGUGCAUCUGGAGGAUUCUGAUUUCUGCCUUGUGUUACACUUUUGCUUAGAGUAAUCCUAAGAAUUCACAUGGAAACACUGUCAAGAGAGGUGCAUUGAACGCCUCUUCCCAUUUUUCCAGAAAAACAGUAGACAGAAAAAACAAGACAGUAUUUAUAUCACGUUGCUCUGAACAUACUAUCAAUUAAUAUAAAUUAGCCUUGCAGUGUUUUUUUGGGUUUUUUAUGCCUUUUGCCAAUGUGGGAGAGAGUCUAUGGUACUACUGAACCUCAGCUUCUCUGAAGGUGAACACCAGCUAGUGAGAACAGUGUUAACCUAUGACUCAAGUUUUUUUUAUUCUGCUUUUAAUAUUGACAUACUCUAGAAAAUGAAACUUAGUUAAUCCACCUAUGAGUCCAAAAUUAGAGUGGUGUAACACACCAAGUCAUUUAUUUCAUGCAUUAAAAUGAGCUUUCUUGUCUUGAUUCAAGCAAAGACCUUUGUAAUCGUAAUCAUCCUUCCAUAGAAAGAAUCCUAGAACGCUGUGGAGUUAGAUGAAAAGAAAUCAAGAGUUUUGUGCUGUUAAAUAAUAAAAAAAAAAGUUGUUACAUGACUCUAGAUGUUCACUGAAAAAGCUCAUAUUAAUCUUAACUUCUCAAGAAGAGUGUUGGUUUUAAAAACAACGGUUUUGUAAAUAUGUAAUGCCCACUAAAAGAAGAUACAGCCAGCUUCCUGGAAACUGCAUCCGUUGUGUUUCUUUUCCACAGGCAUGUUGAGCCAGCAGGUGUGUUGGGUGCCUGAGACCCAACUCUGUAACAAAGCAGAGAUAAUCCAGACAAAAGGAAUGGUGAAACCUUGUUUAGAUAGCUAGGGGAGAGCCCCAAAUUAAUAAUACAUCAAGUUGUAGAGACAAAAGUGCUUCUGCCCCACCCGCAGAGUUCUGUUUCUAUGUAACCACAAGCUGAAAGAAAUCAAAGUUGAGCAAACCUCUGUCCAGCAACAGUGAAGGGAAAACUAGUACUGAUGAUGAGGGAAAUUGUGUGCCCACAAGGGCUUAUGUAUAUUUUCACUGUACAGCAGUAAAUGGUAUUAUCCAUUCAGUGCUCUGCUAAGGUACAGUAGGAACCUCAUCGUGACUGCUUACAAAUCUAUGUUUGCCUAUAUACACGACCCAAAGGGAGUCAAAAGGCAUCCUGUGUGGACUACCACAUGUGAGCAGAAGUUUUUUCCACGCUGGACCAAAUACUGUUCAUAAACCCAAGUACAAAUGUCCCUUCAAAGGCAAAUGCCUUGAAGAGUAGAUCACAUUUGCUGUGAAAAUCGAUGCAGGUAGAUUUCUAGCGUAGGUGUGUGUCGAAUUCACUCGCUAGUCAGAUUGCUAAAGCAACUCCCUCUGCAACUCCAGCAAUUCCCACUGCAGGAAGGUAAAUUAGUUUCACACUUGGAAAAGUCAAGCGUGUAAAAGCCACUUCAACUUUAGCAAAGAGAAAAAGCCAACAAAUAAACAUGCUGUAUGCUGGGAUGUCAAGGAAUACAGUCUGCUGUUACAAACCUGUUUUUUCUGAUAAUUCUAGAGCCUGUUACCCUAAAAGAGGCAUUUCUUGAAUGGCUGGUGGUAGGUAGUUCAUGUUUUUCAAUCCGAUUUGCAAUUGUAUUUGUUGCUGUAUAGUGAUUGUUUUGCAAAAUAAAAUCGCUUGUCAUCUAA